GCAUGUUGCUUCAUGAUGAGCUCACUCGAGGAGGACCGGUUUGCUUGCUUGUCCGUUCGCGAAGUCGCCAAACAGAGAGAGACUGCGGUGCUAGGCUGGGCUAGCCUAUAAUAUGCGGUUUGCUCAAUAGCCUAGGCUAUCAAUGUACACACAAAACACACUUGCCUUUUCAUUUGGAUUCAUGAUGCCAAAGACACGUUUUUUUCCAAAUAAACUUCAAGACUACAAUCCUUCCAGCGGCACUGAAAUCUCAAAAGACGCAUGGCGCGAACACAUAAACUCUAUUGUCAAUGCAAUAAAUAAUGACGUGUGCAGGUCAAUGUCUUGUGAUGGUGGGUUAUAUGUCGGGAGUGCGGGUGUUGCUUACAUGCUGUGGUAUAUCUCCAGUCACCCACUGUUAAGUGAAAAUAAGAGUAAAUAUCUUGAAUUGGCUCAGUCAAUAUACAAGGCAAAUCUGCAGUAUUCAACAAGAAGUAAACCUGCAGAUGCUGUGUCCUUUGUGCUCGGAGCAGCAGGUGUUUAUACAUUAGGAGCACUUUUGGGAAGCUCCUUGCAGGCAGAGGCUCAGGUGGGAGAGAAUGCUCAACGAUACCAGUCCCUGGCGAGCAUCUGUGUGAAGCCAAGAUUUCUGUCGUGCGGGUCGGAUGAGCUCUUUGUUGGGCGUGCUGGCUACCUGUGUGGAACUCACUGCUUUCAGAAAAAGUUGGGUUUCAAGGUUGUGAAUGAUGACACCUUGAAUGCCAUCUGUGCUGUCAUGGUCCAGUCUGGAAGGGAAUAUGCUGCAAUGCACCGUUCUCCUUCUCCUCUGAUGUAUGCCUAUUAUGACACAGAAUACUUGGGGGCAGCGCAUGGUCUGUGCUCUAUCCUGCAGAUGUUGCUCUGCUGCCCAUCGUUCUUGGCCUCAGACCCGCAGGCUGCCCGUGACAUCAAGAGGAGCGUGGACUGGCUACUCAGCCUACAGCAGCCCAAUGGCAAUUUUGUCCCGGCCACAGACGAGCUUUUACAGCCGCGGCCAGAGGGAGAAGAACUGGUGCACUGGUGUCACGGAGCUCCAGGACUCAUCUACCUAUUUGCAAAGGCGUACAAAGUUUGGGGAGAGGAACGCUAUCUUCAGGCUUGCGUUAAAUGUGGAGAAGUCACGUGGCAGAAAGGUCUGCUGAAGAAGGGGCCGGGGAUCUGUCAUGGUGUUGCAGGAAGUGGAUAUGUUUUCUUGCUGCUCUAUCGGCUGACAAAAGAGGAGAAGUACCUGCAUCGAGCUCACGAGUUUGCCAAGUUUAUGUUGACGCAGGAGUUUCAGUCCGUAGCGAGGACUCCCGACAGUCCCUACAGCUUGUACGAGGGGUGGGCGGGAACCGUGUGCUUCCUGGUAGAUCUGCUUCGGCCUGAGAAGGCGGAAUUCCCUUUCUUUGAUGUAUUCUAAGACUUGGGACAGUCUAUUGACUGUUUGGUUUUGUGCUCAUUUGAGAAUGACUGAUUGUGUUCAUCUUUGGUAACUAAUCCCCAUUUACUUAUUAUGCCAUUAUACCCCGACUUUUGUUGAAGUUCAGAGCAUAUUCUUUGAGUGAGCUGCAUCAUCUCUACUUUGUUAAAGUGGUGUCGGUGGCCUAGUGGUUAGGCUCUCGGACUCGCAACCAUAAGGUCGUGGGUUCGAAUCCCGUCAGGGGC